AUGCGUCUCAUAUCAGCUCAAGAAGUUGCAAAACACAACAAACGUAAUGAUUGUUGGGUUAUUAUACACAGAAAAGUUUACGAUUUAACUAACUUUCUUCCCGAUCAUCCUGGUGGUGAAAAAGUCAUUCUUAAACAAGCUGGUGAAGACGCGACUGAGGCAUUUGACCCAAUUCACCCUCCAGAUAUUAUUCAAAAAUAUUUGCCACCUGAGGUUUGCCUUGGAGAAAUAGAUCCCGCCACGUCUGUUAAAACGUCCAAGGUUGGAACUGAAGAGGAUAAAAAACGUAAUUUGGCGAUUGAAAAAAAACCGGCGUUAGGAGAAAUGUUAAAUUUAUAUGACUUCGAGGCAGUCGCUUCUCAAGUAUUAACUCCUGAAGCAUGGGCAUAUUAUAGUUCUGGUGCUGAUGAUGAAAUCUCACUUCGUGAGAAUACUAAUGCUUUUCACCGGAUUUGGAUUCGACCAAGAGUUAUGAGAAAUGUCAAGGAUAUAAAUAUGAGUACAAAAAUUCUUGGUUACCAUUCUUCAUUUCCAUUAUAUAUUUCCGCAACUGCCUUAGGUAAACUUGGUCAUCCGGAAGGAGAGGUUGUUCUCACUCGAGCCGCAUUUAAACAAAAUAUUAUUCAAAUGUUACCUACUCUUGCAUCAUGUUCUUUGGACGAGAUGGUUAAUGCUAAAGGAAAAGAUCAAGUCCUUUUUUUUCAACUAUACGUAAAUAGUGAUAGAAAUGUUACGAAGAAAAUUGUACAAGUUGCAGAAGAAAAAGGUUGUAAAGCUCUUUUCAUUACAGUAGACGCUCCGCAAUUAGGUCGUCGUGAAAAAGAUAUGCGCGUUAAAUUUGUUGAUGAACCUCCGGAUGUUCAUGAUGAACAUAAUGUAAAUCGAAACCAAGGAGCUGCUCGAGCAAUUUCAUCAUUUAUUGAUCCCGGUUUAAAUUGGGAUGAUUUAGAAUGGUUUAGAUCUAUUACUUCUAUGCCAAUUGUAUUAAAAGGUAUUCAGACUGCCGAAGAUGCUGUCUUGGCAGCUAAAUAUGGUUGUGAAGGAAUAGUACUUUCAAAUCAUGGAGGUCGUCAAUUAGAUUUUGCUCGUUCUGGUAUAGAAAUUCUUCCUGAAGUUGUUGAAGCUUUAAAGAAAGAAGGAUUAUUAAAUAAAAUUGAAAUAUACGUAGAUGGUGGUGUUCGACGUGGUACUGAUAUAUUUAAAGCCAUUGCAUUGGGUGCUAAAGCUGUUGGUAUUGGAAGACCUACUCUAUAUGCCAUGUCAUCGUAUGGUCAGGCUGGUGUUGAAAGAGCAAUACAAUUAUUAAAAGAUGAAUUUGAAAUGAUUAUGCGUCUAACAGGUGUAAAUAAAUUAGAAGAUAUAAGACCUGAAAUGGUCGAUAUUAAAAAUUUAUCAGAUCAUAUACUUGUUCCAAAAAAUCAUUUAUUCUCAGAUGUUUACGUUAAAUUAAUUCCAACAAAAAGUAAAUUAUAA